AUGGGAUUUUUGGUGGAUACGCAAAAGGAAGGAGGUGGGCAUUCAUGGGGUUACGUUAGGAGUUUGGUGAGAAGGAAACAAGUCGACUCUGCUAAUGGUCAACAAUCUCAUAAUGGUCCUCAUCAACUCGCAAAAGCCCUCACUGUUCCUCACCUCGUUGCUAUUGGUGUUGGAGCAACAAUAGGAGCUGGAGUUUAUAUACUUGUAGGAACAGUAGCGAGAGAGUAUUCAGGACCAUCUCUAGCUUUGUCUUUUCUUAUUGCUGGGAUUGCUGCUGGUCUUUCUGCGUUUUGUUAUGCUGAACUCUCUAGUCGUUGUCCUUCAGCUGGGAGUGCCUAUCACUAUUCCUACAUUUGUGUUGGUGAAGGUGCUGCGUGGAUAAUCGGUUGGGCGUUAAUUCUGGAAUACACGAUUGGUGGGGCAGCUAUUGCCCGCGGCAUAUCUCCAAAUCUGUGUGUGACAUUGCUGAUAGUGAUAGUUUGCACUGGUAGUUCGGCACUAAUUUUUGGUGGUGAAGAUGGUUUGCCUGCAAUUUUAGCACGUCACCAGAUACCAGGCCUUGAUGUUGUUGUUGAUCCCUGCGCUGCUGUACUUGUGUUCGUUGUUACUGGCCUUUUGUGCAUGGGAAUAAAAGAGAGCACAUUUGCUCAGGGAAUUGUAACUGCAAUCAAUGUGUGCGUCUUGUUAUUUGUCAUAGUAGCUGGCAGUUAUCUGGGCUUCAAGACAGGUUGGGCUGGUUAUGAACUUCCGACAGGGUUCUUUCCAUUCGGAGUGGAUGGAAUGUUUGCUGGUUCUGCUACAGUCUUUUUUGCAUUUAUUGGGUUUGAUUCGGUUGCAAGUACUGCAGAGGAGGUGAAAAAUCCCCAACGGGAUUUACCGAUUGGUAUUGGUCUUGCUCUCUUGCUCUGCUGUUCUCUCUACAUGAUGGUCUCCAUUGUAAUUGUUGGUUUAAUUCCUUACUAUGCCAUGGAUCCUGACACUCCGAUAUCCUCUGCAUUCGCUAGUCAUGACAUGCAAUGGGCUGUAUACUUAAUAACUUUAGGAGCCGUCAUGGCUCUCUGCUCAGGUUUAAUGGGUGCCCUUCUCCCUCAGCCACGAAUUCUGAUGGCAAUGGCUAGGGAUGGUCUGCUGCCUUCUGUUUUUUCAGACGUUAAUAGACACACACAGGUUCCGGUUAAAGCAACCGUGGCAACUGGGUUGUGUGCUGCAACCUUAUCGUUCUUUAUGGAUGUGUCGCAGCUUGCAGGAAUGGUGAGUGUUGGGACGCUUCUGGCAUUUACAAUGGUGGCGGUAUCAGUGUUGAUACUCAGAUAUGUUCCUCCAGAUGAGCUACCUAUUCCGUCAUUUCUUCAAGAGAGGAUUGAUUCUGUUUCCUUCUUAUGUGGUGAAACAAAGUCAUCCGGUCAUGCAGGCACUUCCAAUAGCAGUCAACAACCUUUAAUUAGCAAAAGUGAUGCGUCCGUCGAUUUCCCGGUUAUCAAGAAUCAAGAAGCUCUAGGGUGUUGUAAGUUACAUCAAGAAACUCAGCUCUUUUUUUGGGGAACAUACAUGUUUUAG